AUGCUCUUAUCACUCUGUCCCAACUUGCCACUCAGCUUACAGAAUGAUAAGUACAUCAAACGCAUCACAAAGUUCAAUUUACAAUUGGAACGUUUCAUAAUUGACUGGAAGAUUGGGCCGGCGUCGGGUUCUUCUGUCACGAAACGUCUACUGCCACUUUUGGACCGUGUGCUGAUCCAGCGCGCUGAAGCACUCACCAAGACGAAAGGCGGCAUCGUUAUCCCCGAGAAGGCCCAGUCGAAGGUGCUCGAGGGAACGGUCGUGGCAGUCGGACCCGGUGCUCGCAACACUCAGACCGGCGAACAUGUGCCGUUGGCGGUGAAGGUCGGUGAAAAGGUGCUGCUGCCCGAGUAUGGAGGCACCAAGGUCGAGUUGGGCGACAACAAAGAAUAUCAUCUGUUCCGGGAAGCCGAUAUUCUGGCCAAAAUUGAAUAAGCACUGUACAGCA